AUGGGGUUCAUCAGCUCAUCUACUAUUCUCCUUUUAUAUGCCCAUCUGGCUACGGCGGACUUUCCUUCUGCUGCGCAACUGUUCCAACUCUCGGGACAAGAUACUGUCAACAAUGCCAAACUCUCCUGGCAAGCUGUUGCUGGCGCUUCGAUCUAUGAGGUCGAACAACGCAGUGGCGAUGGCGACUUCUCUACCGUAGGAACUACGGCCGGAAACACACAUGAUGUAUAUGAUCUGCCACUCAACCAACCCCUGGACUGGCGCAUCACCGCAAGAAGCAACCAAACCACCAUCGAUCAAUCAGCCCUUGUUUCCCUAACACCCUUCACCCCAUCAGCCGACUACAAUACCUACGACAACACCGUAGCUUCCGACGCUCUACUAAAAAGCGAACUCGUCUUCAACAAAACUUACUACAGAUACGACUACGAAGCCUACUCAAACGGCAGCUUCAGCCGUUUCGUAGAAAAGACAUCUUCAGAUGGAUAUACCUAUACUGGCAACCGCACAGUACUGACCAGCACAACUCUCUGCGCCUCUGCAAAUUACAGCUGCAAACUCGAGCGCCAGCAAUUUCUCAAACACCCUGAUGGCCAUUUCAUCAUGUGGGCACAUUUUGAGCGUAGUCAAGAUUACGCAUUAGGACAAGUCGCAGUCGCGCAUGCAAGUCCCGGUGGCGAAUUGAUCUUCGAUGGCGCGUUUCAACCUCUAGGUCACGAUUCUAGGGACAUGACGUUCUUUGCCGAUGGAGAGGAUGCGUGGUUGAUCUCUUCCACAAACACGAAUACGGAUAUGAAUAUUUAUUCGUUGACGAAGAAUUGGACUGCUGUGGAUGAGUUACUCGUGCAAGUCAACAAGGCGGCUUAUCGAGAAGCUCCUGCUGUGGUCAAGCAGAAUGGAUGGUUUUAUCUGUUCACCUCGAGAGCGGCCGGGUGGUUGCCUUCUCAGCCGCAGUUUAUUGCUGCGAGGAGUAUGGCUGGACCUUGGAGUGCUGCUGUGGAUAUUGGAAAUACGGCGACGUUUGCUUCGCAGUCGGGUGUUGUGGAGAGUUUGCCUAGUGUGCAAUCUUUUAUGCUUGCGGAUAGGUGGUCGGCGAAUUGGCCUAUUGCUGGAGGUCCGAACAGACAGUUGGCACUGCCCAUCUCUUCCUCCGGGGCUGAAGGGUUCGCCGCAUAUCAUUUCUACCCGACGGUCAAGUACUCUGAUCAAGUCUCUGGAGCAGGUCAGGGUGUUUUCGGCGUACAGGAAGGCAGAAUCUUGUCGGUAGGUCGACCUUCAAGCUCGAAUGCCGGCAGCUCCGAUAUCUCCCUCGCCAACGACGGCACACAAGACACCCCGAACGCCUUCUUCACGCCCUCUCAAGUCCCCUUCUGGUACCAGAUUGACCUCGGCAACGCUUCAACUGUAUCCCGAGUUGAACUGUCGACGAACAUGGUCCAGGGCUCUGAGACGUAUUACGACUUCAAUGUUACUGGUAGUGCUGAUGGCAGCUCGUUCAGUCUCAUUGGGUCUAAACAUGAUAAUGUCGAUGUUGGAUUCGUAAGCGUGGCUUCUCAGUCGCAGGAGAAGUUCAGAUAUGUGAGGCUGAAUGUCAAUUCGAUUGAGAACGCUCAUAAUGGAAACGAGGCGGACUGGGCAAGAGGGAUCUCGGAAGUCACUGUUUACGGUCAGUGA